AUGCUUGCCCCAAAACCUGAAGGGCCGGUUGGCACAGAACCUAUAACAUGGAGUGAAUUCGUUAGUCACGUAUUACCUACUGGUCAGAUUCAAAAGAUCAUUGUUUUUCCCGAGAGAGAUGUUGCAUACAUCUACACAUAUGCUGGAGCGAAGACCCGUACCGGCGAGAGGAUGGCAGCAAUCUAUCGAUUGGGAAUCCCAAGUGUACCUAAGUUUGAAGAGGAAGUUCGUGCUGCAGAAGCUGCUGCUCGCCUACCUCCAGAGUACUGGACACCU